AUGUCAGACGUUAAGAUAGAAACAAUUGAUACCAAACCAUUCCAAGAUCAAAAGCCAGGUACUUCAGGAUUAAGAAAGAAAGUCUCUGUUUUCCAACAACCUCACUAUACAGAAAACUUCAUUCAAGCAAUUUUGGAUGCUAUUCCAGAGGGUAGUCAAGACGCAACUUUGGUUAUUGGUGGUGACGGGAGAUACUACAAUGAUGUGGUGAUUCAAUUGAUUAUCAAGAUUGCUGCUGCUAAUGGGGUAAAGAAAGUGGUUUUGGGUCAGAAUGGUAUUUUAUCCACACCAGCUACUUCACAUGUGAUUAGAUUGUUGGGCGCUACUGGUGGAAUUAUUUUGACUGCAAGCCACAAUCCAGGUGGGCCAAAGAAUGACUUGGGUAUUAAAUACAACUUGGGUAAUGGUGGACCAGCACCUGAAUCAGUGACAAACAAGAUUUUUGAAAUCUCCAAGACUUUGUCGGAUUACAAAUUGGCUCAAUUGGAUGACGUUGAUAUUUCCAAAAUUGGUCAAAAUAAAAUUGGACCAAUUGAAGUUGAGGUGAUUGACUCCACAAAGGACUAUGUUGAAAUGUUGAAGGAUAUUUUUGAUUUCCCAUUGAUUAAAUCAUUUUUGGAUAAAGCCACCAAAGAAGAAGGUUUCAAAGUCUUGUUUGAUGCAUUGAAUGGUGUUACUGGUCCAUAUGGAUACAAGAUUUUUGUUGAAGAAUUGGGUUUGCCGGAAUCAUCAAUUCAAAAUUACAAGCCAUUGAGCGAUUUUGGUGGGUUGCAUCCUGAUCCAAAUUUGACUUAUGCACAUACAUUGGUUGAAAGAGUAGACAAAGAGGGUAUUGCAUUUGGUGCUGCUUCAGAUGGUGAUGGUGACAGAAAUAUGAUUUAUGGUGCUGGUACAUUUGUCUCCCCUGGUGAUUCCGUGGCCAUUAUAUCUGAAUACGCUGAUGCUAUUCCAUACUUUAAAAAGCAAGGUAUAUAUGGAUUAGCUAGAUCAAUGCCAACUUCAGGUGCAAUUGAUUUGGUGGCUAAAGAUAAGGGUGUCGAUGUGUAUGAAGUCCCCACUGGUUGGAAAUUUUUCUGUUCUUUAUUUGAUGCAAAGAAAUUGAGUAUUUGUGGAGAAGAAAGUUUUGGUACUGGAUCAAACCAUAUUAGAGAAAAAGAUGGAUUAUGGGCUAUUGUAGCUUGGUUAAACUUGUUGGCCGACUACCAUAAAUCAAACCCUGGUAAACCUACAUCAAUUGAAAUUGUCCAAAAUUCAUUCUGGGACAAAUAUGGAAGAACUUUCUUCACCAGAUACGAUUAUGAAAACGUAUCAAGUGAAGGUGCUAACAAAUUGAUAAACUUGUUGCAGAGUAUAGUUGAUGAACGUAAAGCAGGCGAUGAAUUAGCUCCUGGUUACACAAUCAAAAAGGCUGAAAAUUUCUCAUAUACUGAUUUAGAUGGAUCAGUUUCUUCCAAACAGGGAUUAUUUAUCAAAUUCACCAAUGGAUUGAGAUUUAUUGUUCGUUUAUCAGGAACUGGAUCUUCAGGAGCUACAGUGAGAUUAUAUUUGGAAAAACAUUCAAAUGAUGCAUCAACCUAUAAAGUUAAAGUUGAUGAAUAUUUGGCUAAAGAUGUUGAAUUUGUUUUGAACUUGUUGAAAUUUAAACAAUAUUUGGGUAAAGAAGAACCGGAUGUACGUACUUGA